AUGCAUUUGCUAAUGCCUCCUAAACGCUUUCAUAACACUGAUCAUAUGGUUGGACUUGAGCCCCGCAUAAAAGAGGUGAUGUCAAUUCUAAAUAAAUCUGAUGAUCGUGUUUGUAUGGUGGGGGUCCAUGGAAUUGGUGGAAUUGGCAAAACAACUCUUGCAAAAGCUAUUUAUAAUUCAAUCUUCUACGAAUUUGAAGGUCAUUGUUUUUUGUUUGAUGUAAAAGAAGCAUCAAAGAAAUACAAGGGCAUUGUCCGCCUUCAACAGACACUUCUAUCAGAAAUUCUUGAAGAGAAGGGGAUGAAAUUUGGCAGUGUUGAUGAAGGAAUAUCAAAAAUAAAACAUAGACUCUCUCACAAAAAGGUUUUGUUGGUUCUUGAUGAUGUUGAUGAGGUUGAACAGCCGGAACAACUAGCAGGGGGAUGUGAUUGGUUUGGUUGUGGAAGCAAGAUCAUUAUUAUUACAAGAAACAAACAAUUGCUAAUUGCAUGUAAUGUUAAAAAGGCAUAUGAAAUGAAGAAGCUACAUGAGCAUUACUCUCUGGAGCUCUUUUGUUGGUACGCCUUUCAUAUGAGCCAACCUCCAAAAGGCUAUAAAAAUAUGUCCAUUCACGUUACAAGGUAUGUACGUGGCCUUCCCUUGGCUUUGAAAGUAAUAGGCUCCAAUUUGGCACAUAAAAGCAUUGAGGAAUGGAGAUCUAUAUUGAAGCAAUAUGAUGAGAUUCCAGAAAGAACAAUUCAUCAUGUCCUGAAGAUAAGUUAUGAUUGUUUACAAGAGUGUGCUAAGGGUAUUUUCUUAGAUAUUGCUUGCUUCUUCAAAGAGGAGAAAUUGGAAUUUGUUGAAGCAAUAUUAGAAGCUUGGGAUCGUGGGGCAAGGUUUUAUAUUGAAGUUCUCGUUGAUAAAUCUCUGAUAACUAUUAAUGAUAAAGGUUAUUUGUACAUGCAUGAUUUAAUACAACAAAUGGGUAGAGAGAUUGUUAGGCAAGAAGCACUAUCGGAUCCUGGCAAACGCAGCAGAUUAUGGUAUUACAAAGAUGUUCUCAAAGUACUACAUGAAAAUUUAGGAGGCAACAAUAUUGAAGGAAUAAUACUUGAUCCACCUCACCAGGAAGAAGUGAAAUGUAGUGAUUCAGCCUUUGAGAAGAUGAAUAAUCUUAGAAUCAUCAUUGUUCGCAAUACUCAAUUUUUGACAUGUCCUAAAUAUCUUCCGAAUAGUUUAAUAUUACUAGAUUGGCAGGGAUAUCCUUCUAUGAAUUUGCCACCAGAUUUUUCGCCUCCAAAACUAGUUUGCCUCAAGAUAUACGGCAGUCCUUUCAGCUUGGAGGUAUCGUUCGAGAGAUUUGAAUAUUUGACGUAUUUGGACUUCUCAAAGUGUGAAUUCAUAAUUGAAGUCCCUGACAUGUCUCAGUUUCAAAAUUUAAAAACAUUGAGCUUUCGUGAAUGUCGCAGUCUGAUCGAAGUUCAUGAUUCUGUGGGAUCUCUCUCCAAGCUAGUGAAAUUAGACGUUCUUGAAUGCAUCAAACUCACAAGCUUUCCACAUGAAAUCAAGAUGCCAUCUCUUCAAGAGUUUAAUAUUAGUGAUUGCAAGAGUCUUAAGUACUUCCCAGAAAUCGUGGGAAACAUGGAUCCACUGAUGUAUAUUAAUGCAGAAGGCAGUGCUAUUAAUGAGCUCCCAUCAUCUAUUGGAAAUCUUCCAAGGCUUCGUUCUUUAAAUUUAAGAUCUUGCAGAAAUCUUAGAGGGCUUCCAAACAGCUUAUUGACAUUGCAUAAUCUUGGAGUGCUUCUAUUAGGAGACAUAAAACCUCAUGGAAGAAAAUCUUUGAAGAAAUUAAUGCAAGAGAGCCAACCACCAACUAUUAGCUGCACGAAUUUAGAUCGCUUGGAACUCCAAAAUUGUGGUCUAUUGGAUGAUCUUCACCUAAUUCUGAAAUGUUUUCGAAAUGUGAGAUACUUAAAUCUAUCAGGGAAUGAUUUUGUAUACCUUCCCGAGUGCAUUAAGGAGUGUGCUUAUUUGGAGAGACUAGAUCUGAGUGCCUGCAAGAGGCUAAGAGACAUACCAGAGUUACCAUUAACUCUGCAGAGCAUAGCUGCAGAUAAGUGCAUGUCAUUAACUUUGGAGUCGAUACGUCAUUUAUGGUCUCAGGCAAAAGAGGGCUUUCGCGUGGAAAUCGUUAUGCCAGCAAUAUCAUUUCCUGAUUGGUUACACUUUUGUUGUAAAGGUGGCAAAUUGUCUUUUCGUGUCCGUGGAAAUUUCCCACAUGUCCUCAUCGCAUACGAGACAGGGAAGGCAAACACAAGUGGGAUAUACACAUUAGAAGUUUUUAUGAGGAUCAAUGGCAGUAAAAAAAUGCCAUGGGUACAAAGUGAUCGUGAUGCAAGAGAAAAGGGUCGUUUUGUGCUUUCUGUAGGAUAUCAAGCUCAUGUAUUCUUCUAUGAUCUACUAAGUGAUUUUAGUGAAGAAGAGUUGGAGGAGCUUAAUAAGUUUUUGGGAUUGGAAUGGAAUGAUGCGGACAUACAAGUUACGUCUGACUCACCAGCUGAUAUGUCCAUAAUUAACUGUGGUAUUUAUGUCAAUAAGCAACAGACAAGUAUGGAAAAUGUUCAAUUCAAGUCUCCUUUGCGUUCCAUGAAUGCUUCAAGAGCUUCGCUGAAACGAAGAGCAGUAGCUUCUCAUCCCAACGAACCACCCAAGAAGCACUUGAGAAGGUUCAAAGAGAAGAUCAAUUGCACAAGAAGGACAAGGCAAGCUAAGCCACACCGAAUUUUCCAUUCGCAGUGCAAGAGAAGGAUGUGUUUUCCUAUGUCUAAGCAUCUUUUGAGAGCUUUGUUUUUUUUUUGA